AUGGCCCCUCCAGCCAGGUAUGAAAAUUGGACAAAAUCAUGACAUUAACAACGCAUUGCCAGCUAGCUAGUUAACUUAGUUAAUUUAGCAUCAAGUUAGCUAGCUAACGCUAGCUGCCUGACUUUACUUGCUCGCUAGGCUUGCGUAAUUUCCCUAUGUUUCCUCAGUCUAUAUUUAAUGCGGUGUCUGUAUUUCAAAGGUGUUAUGAUAGUCAGUUAACGUUAGCUAGAUAACAAAUAUGGUAUUUUUGGCUAGCUAGCUAGGCAGCUAGCACUACUAGCUCGCUAGACACUGCUGGUGACGUUAGGUGAAACUGAUAAUAAUAAGAUGAACAGUAACUAAAUGUACUGAAUAAAUAUAUCUGGUAGGCUAAUCUUUACACUACCCUAAUUUACUUUGUUCUAUGUUACUGAAUUGGCCCAGAAUAUCUUACUGAGGUUGAUGCUGUUAAUGGACCUAAUUCAAGUUCUUCAGUGACACAUGAUUGAGUGUUGACACUUGAUUCUCAUCUAAUAACAACACUCUCUCUUUCAAACCAGGAUGGCCCCACCGCCACCCCCCAUGGCCAGGGCUGCACCCCCUCCAUCCUACGCCCCAGCGCCUGCCCAUGCCCCUCCGUCUGCCAUGGCUGUCCCAGCCGCUGCUGCUCCCCGGCAGCCAGGCAUGUUUGCGCAGAUGGCCACCACAGCCGCUGGGGUAGCCGUUGGCUCAGCCGCAGGGCACAUGAUCGGCCACGCAAUGACCGGAGGAAUGGGUGGGGGCGGAGGAAGCCAAGAGGCUGCCAAGCCUGAUGUCACCUACCAGGUAGGUGAUCACUGCUUAGUCAUAGUGAGUGACAGGGCCAUGGGAUUGAAGUGGCUUUGUGUCAUGUAGCCUAGUUAGUAGUGGUAGUGAUGAGUAUGAGCGAGUCAGAGAGGGAUCGAGAGGAUAAGCCAUGAAGGAUUACACCCUGUGCCAGGCCUUAAAGAAAGGGCAUCUAAAUAGUUGAGAAUAACAUCAACACUAACCUCAAAUGCUUUAUUAUGUUUCUCAGGAGCAGCCCCAGCAGUACCAGCAGCAGUACCAACAGCCACCUCCCAUGUACCAGCCAGCCCAGUAUCAGCAGCAGCCCCAGUCCAUGUUCCAGCAGGAGCCUGCCCCUCAGCAGGGAACCUGCUCAUACGAGCUCAAGCAGUUUAUUGAGUGUGCUCAGACCCAGAGCGACCUGAAACUAUGUGAGGGCUUCAGUGAGGUGCUCAAGCAGUGCAAGUUCUCAAAUGGUGAGUCUAAAAAUGUGUGUUAAUACAAUCUUAGCUGUUACUGGAAAUAUUUGUGAAAAAGAGGGUGCUUUAUGCAUCCCUGAAAGUUUUUUAAAUAGUGACGUUGUAUCAUGACUAUUAUAUGCAUUCAUUAGAUUUGAUCAGUUGACUUGUUGUCUAUCCCUUGCCUUACCUGGUGUCACUGUCACCUUUUGGAAUAGGAUUAAUAUAAGGUUUUUAUGUCAGUGAGUGUUCUUCAGUCUGGUUCCUGGAUAGUGUUCUGUAUGUGUCUGGCAUUCAUUCAAUUAAGACUGACUCUUGAGUCAGCUGAGCUAAUUUGUUGAAUGCCCCACAAAAUGUAGCUAGGCCCACUUUAAUGUAUGUCCUCAGAGAUGCUCAUAGUAGUUACGAGGUCCCACUUAAUAUUCUUGGCCCCCAAGAUCUUUAACCACAAAUGUAUGCAAUACAUCGUCGUCCAGGGUAGGGGAGGGAAUGGCCGGCAGGGAUGUAGCUCAGUUGGUAGAGCAUGGCAUUUGCAACGCCAGGGUUGUGGGUUCGAUUCCCACAGGGGGUUGGAAAAAAAAUAAUGUAUGCAUUCACUAACUGUAAGUCGCUCUGGAUAAGAGCGUCUGCUAAAUGACUAAAAUGUAAAUGUAAAAUGUACACUAAGUGGCCAUAGGGUGAUGCAGAACUAUGAGACAUUAAAUCAUGAAAUGUGUAGCAGCUCAUGCCAGGCUCUCACACAUUUGAUUUCACUGUGAGUAAGGACAGUCCCCCAUUUCCGGUGAGGGAGUUGCUGAUAAAAAAAAAAAAGUUCACAAAAUGUUUUCCCUAAUGUUGAGCCGGGGGCUGGUCUAGGGGUAGUGCUGCUGCCAUGCAUUGCCCCUGGAGUCCCUCUAUCUCCAUCUAUCAAUAAAAACUACAAAAUACGUACAAUUUCCUUAAUGUAACUUUUUUUUUUUCCCUCCACAGGGAUGUCCUGA